AUGUAAUAUAGGCAAAACAAUAAAACCCACAUCGAAGAAAUUAGAAACCAGAGAGGUUUUAGGAAGAAGAUCAAGAAGAAGAGAAUGUCGAAGUCUUGCAAGGGCCUAGCAAUGGAACUGGUCAAGUGUCUCAGCGAGUCCGACUGUGUUAAGGUUGAGAAUCGACCAUAUAGGGAAUGUGCCAAGGAGAAGAGCCCAUCCAUAUCAAGCGAAUGCAUGGGACUACGGGAAACAUAUUUCAAUUGCAAGAGAGGCCAGGUCGACAUGAGAGCUCGAAUUCGUGGAAAUAAAGGCUACUAACUGGUGGGGAUUCGGAUUGAAUCCUGUGAACUUCAAUUGACCAAGCUUGAUGCACUGUACCUUUGGAUUCUCUUGCCAACUUCACUGAAUGUACGAGGAAAGUAUUGUGAAACUAUGAUGCCUUGUGAAAGCCGUUGCACAUGCAUUUUCAGGGAACACCUCCAGAAGAGUGAUUGUCUUUAACUGAGGUUUUUUGUCUGUCUGAUUGACACUCUUCAUACUUGGUGUUAAUCAUAUUCAUAGAUAAAAUUUUGCUGUAUGGUUGUUAUAUGAUUCCGUGUGAUCUUUUAAAACAAACAAUUCCAUCUAGAGGAAUGAGCAUGUAAUAACAUCAGGUUCCUAUUAAGCGGAUUCUAUA